AUGAGUGCUGGAGUAUCUGGAGAGGGUCUUCUUGACUCUACCAAAGCGACCGCCACGACCCCACCAGUCGUUUCCCCAACGCUUGACGACACGAAGAUGACCACCGAUAAGAGCAGUAGUAGCGAGAUUUCAGAUGAGUGGGUCAAACUUGUACGCGAAAAAGAUCGACGCGCACCAACUCGCAAGGCGAAACGUUCUUCCAGUGGUACAAAGAAGGCCUCCCAGCAGACUCCAACGAACUUGACCGUAGCUGAAGACAGCGUCCACCUUAUCUUCGGCGUGCUGUUCAUCCUCUUCAUCGGAUACUGUUGCGGUGCUGAUUUAUACUAUUCCGAGAUUGUGGCCUCGCUCUUGGUGCAAGCAAUCGCUUGGGGCACCGCCUACCUUAGCGUGAAUUUCAUUUAUGCACCGCAGGCUACCAGGAAGAACCUUCAAGAGACGUAUGACGCAUUGAAAGUCGAGAUGAACUCCUGGGCUCAGCAGGUGAAAGCCGGCUAUCAGCGUCAUCAGCGCUCGAUCUGGACAUCCAUCUUCCUCUUUUACAUAUUCGCCUGGGUCUUUACUGUUUCCGCGAAACAUUGGAUCGAAGCGAUAAAGCGACUGAUCUCAGCUCAUAAAGAAUCAUCGGAUCGAGAAUUCGAAUAUUUCAUGAAGACUAUCCUAAAGGAGAAUCGCUUACGACAUAUUUCGGAGCGGAAGCUGGCGCAAGAGAGGGCAGCCGCUCGCAGGGCGUACGAGCUUAGUAGACCUUUCGCAGUGAGGCUUUAUGAGGAAGUGAUUGGUAAGUGA